UGCAAUUUUAUUUUAAAGGGGUAAAGAAAAAAAAAACUCCAGUUUCGAUCAACCGAGUCGUCGCUCAGACAGUCGAUUAGUCGCCAUUAACUCGUGGAUCCACCUUAAAAACAGGGUGAUCCCGGCUGGUCCCGCCCCUCCCAGUGUCGCGCGCCCCAGCACGCGCUCGCCUCCCUCUCUCUCUCCCCCUCUCUCUCUCUCUCUCGGCUGCCCAGCUCGCGCGGAAGAGACGUUGAUCCGGCCGUUGGCUCUUUUCUCCGGUUCACCGUAACGGAGCACCUCCGCCCACCGCCCCGCCACCGAACACACCGCCAGCCAGAGCUCGCCUGCUGGGUCCGCUCUUUGUUCCAGAGCCGGUCCCUCCGGAGCACAAACACACAUAGUGAGUUUUUUUCUUUUCUUCCAGCCUCUUCCAGCGGAUUGAUUUGUGGGACUCAGUUCGGGUCCGGUUCGUUUUCCGGGGGCUGCCGUUACCGGACCGCAGCCUUGUUUGAGUUGCAACCAGAGUGAGAGAAACUGCUCCAAGCGUCGGAACAAAGCUGCUUCUUUUUCUUGUUUUUUGUUGUUCCUCCUCAUUUUUCCACCGCCGCAGUUGUCAAGUUGGAGCCCUGCUGGGAAAUGGACGAACCCCUCUGAAGGGGAGCCUCUGCCCGCCGUUACCGACACCGACACAGGACGCGAUUUGGACGAGGAUCCGCCGAGUGGAGCGCGAGGCCAGUGGAACAUGUUUGCUCCCCUGUGAGAGUGCACUACCCGCAAUCCCUGCAAACUGAUACCAUAGUCAACGUUUACUUAAUCACUUUAACAAAGACGCUCAGAGGAACCUUACUGCUGUGAAGAGGACUACCAUGGCCAACGACACAGCAGACCACCCUCCGGGGAAUUCGGUUGCCGAGGGCAACCAUGACGGGGACUUUGGGGUGACCGUGACGGAACUGAGGAGCCUGAUGGAGCUGCGGAGCACCGAGGCCGUCAACAAGAUACGGGACACUUACGGAGAUGUGCAGGGAAUCUGCCGCCGCCUCAAAACAUCAUCUAUAGAAGGUCUGUCUGGUAACCCCGUGGAUUUAGAGAAACGUCACACGGCGUUCGGAAAGAACUUCAUCCCUCCAAAGAAGGCCAAGACGUUCCUGCAGCUGGUGUGGGAGGCCCUGCAGGACGUCACACUAAUCAUCCUCGAAAUCGCUGCUAUCAUCUCACUGGGCCUGUCCUUCUACCACCCACCAGGGGGCGACAGUGAAGCAUGCGGCCAGGUUGCCGGUGGCGUGGAGGACGAGGGCGAGGCCCAGGCUGGCUGGAUCGAGGGCGCCGCCAUCCUGUUCUCCGUCAUCAUCGUGGUCCUGGUGACAGCCUUCAAUGACUGGUCCAAGGAGAAGCAGUUCCGCGGGCUGCAGAGUCGCAUCGAGCAGGAACAAAAAUUCACAGUCAUCCGCAAAGGUCAGGUCAUCCAGAUCCCUGUGGCCGAGAUCGUGGUGGGAGACAUCGCUCAGAUCAAGUACGGUACGAAAUCCACACACCGAACUGAAGCAACAAAUCUGUGGCACAAAAACUAGACUCAGAUAUGACCCAAUGUUCCUGCUUUUUUGUUUCUGCCUCCGGAAGAUUCAUUCUGACUAAACAUCAAACAAAAGGAUUUAAAGUCUUGAGAGUUUCAGCAGAAUCCUUCAGGCUUGAAUGAAAA